AUGAGCCAAACCAGGGAUUUACAGGGAGGAAAAGCUUUCGGACUGCUGAAGGCCCAGCAGGAAGAGAGGCUGGAUGAGAUCAACAAGCAAUUUCUAGAUGAUCCCAAAUACAGCAGUGAUGAGGAUCUGCUCUCCAAACUGGAAGGCUUCAAAGAGAAAUACAUGGAGUUUGACCUUAAUGGAAACGGCGAUAUUGAUAUCAUGUCCCUGAAGCGAAUGCUGGAGAAACUUGGGGUCCCCAAGACUCACCUAGAGCUAAAGAAAUUAAUUGGAGAGGUGUCCAGUGGCUCCGGGGAGACGUUCAGCUACCCUGACUUUCUCAGGAUGAUGCUGGGCAAGAGAUCUGCCAUUCUAAAAAUGAUCCUGAUGUAUGAGGAAAAAGCGAGAGAAAAGGAAAAGCCAACAGGCCCCCCAGCCAAGAAAGCUAUUUCUGAGUUGCCCUGA